CUUCAGCUGUUGGGGCUGAACGUCAGUGUUACGAUAAUAUUAAUUUAAUAUUAUUUGUGGAGCCUAUAUAAAGCAGAGUUUGCCAGUUUGUAAAAGCUCAGGCUUUCUUGUCAACCAUGGUGAACAGUUCCCAGUGUCCAAAGACAGGCUUACCCUGUUGUGUGACAGAUGGUACUUUUUAUUAAAUUCAUUUUCCAAACUUGAGUAUACAGUGUCCAUUAGAAUGGAUGAAUUCUUUUCUGAGACUUACAGCCAGCGUGGGUCUCUUGUGUGUCAUUAAACCAGUGUGUUUGCAGCACGUGUGCCAGAUUUUCUUCCAUUUUUAAAGAUUAUCUAGGACAGCAAUAUGCUGGAAAUUUCUCUUCAGGAAGUUCUUAUUAUUUUGGGGAUAAUGUUUUGAUUUUUUAGACAAAGCUCACCUAGUGUGAGGUAGGAAAAAAUGUUUACAAGAUGUUGAGUCUUGGGCUCCAUCCUGCAUUUGCCAAUCACUACAUGAGGGAUGUCACAUGAGCCAUGUGCACAGGACACUUCAACUCUGUGAUAUUUUAUCUUAAAGGUUUGACUUCAGUGUGCAUUUAGGACCUAGCUGCUAUUCAGGAAUUUAAUUCUUAAUUUAGAUAUUUUAAUAAAAACUGCCCCAAAUUUGUGCUCUGCUGAAAACAGCUGUUUGAAAUAUUUUUAUUGAAAAAAGCCCUAGAGUUUUGAUAAUGAAUUUCUUUGUUCUUGGGCCUAUGAAAUUGUCAAGAUUCAAGCAAGCUUAGAUUUAUAAAUUCUUGAGCGUGCUCAUAGUCCUACCAUAAGAUAUUUUUCUUCUUUUUUUAUUAGUUUCUUCCCUGAGAAAUGGGAAGCUACAAAGCUAAAACUUGAGACUAAAAUGCAAAUUAGAUUAUUUUAGAAAACCUAAGUUAUACUCUGCACUUGAACCAGUGUCAUGAUAAAGCAAAAAUUCUCUCUAAUUUCAGUGUUGAUGUUCCUACUCACUUAGAUGCAAAUUUUAUGCUUUAAAGGUUUUUUCCAAUAGCUAUGUGAAAUAUGUUGAAAAAUCUUAUUAUAUAAACAGUUAAAAGAUAGACUGGUGUAGAAACUGGGCAAUAGUAGUGAUUCAAGAAAAGAAUUGUCACAAUAUAGCAAUUUUCUGGUAACGUCAUCAUGUUUUUAUGUUCCUGCUCAGCUAUUAACUUUCCUUCUUCUGUCCAUAUUGCUGAUAGUAGACCAAGAGCUAAAUGACUGCUUACAUGGAGUAUAUACCAUGCCCAAAUGAGCUAUUCUCUUAAAUGAAAAAUGAGAUUGAGUACCAGGCUGAGUAGCUUAGCUGAGUAAAAAUGGCAAACUCAGCAAGUAAUUUUCUACAAAGAAAUCUCUGAUUAUUCACACAUCAUUUCACCCAUUUAAGGUUUGGGACUUUGUUUGGUGGGAUGAGCUGCCUCCUGUGAAUUUGCUUGCUCCCAAUGGAAACACCUUCCAUUUAGUCCCAAAGCUCUGGCUUUCAUCCUAUACGAUUUUUUUGGCUGAUUAAUCAUCAUGAUUGCUAGGGUAACUUUUACAUUUGUUUAUUUAGUUUAAACUCACUGCAUGGGAUUGUUCUGAGCAUGUGCUCUGUUAUGAUGCCAUAUACCUAAUUUCCUUGCAGUUUUGUGGGAUUUCUAAUACAUUAACUUAUCUUUCUCUUCUCUUACAAAAAGGCUGAAAUGCUGUUGGGGAUGGGAUCAGUCAUUAUGUGUGAGUCUGUCUCUCCCCCUUACUACAACCUCCCCCUCCCCUCUGCAGACUACCCUGCCAGAGCCCCUCCUCUGUCUGGAAGAGGGGAGUUGAAAUAGUGAGCUCCUGCUUUGUGAAGGAAAUUUUCUUUCAGUGCCUUGCUCAGAGGUGCCUUUGAGAGCAGAUGUGUUUGAUGUGUUUUCGUUAACUUCUGGUCUGAGGAGGUGAUGUCGAUGGCCACAGGGUUGCUUGCCAUCAUUUUACUCUGUGCUGUUGUGGCUGGAGCUUCAGGGAGAUCCUCAGAGAGGUUAAGUUAUGGAGCUUCCUGUUUUGCAGAAUGUGCAGGAUACAGUGCAUCAUACUUCCCCAAAAGAGCUAGAUACAGCUACAGGUAUUCUGCAGUCACCAACACAUUCCCCCAGGCAAAUAUUUACAAAAGCAGUGGCAUCUCUCUGGAGAGCACAGUGAUCAUUGAAGUAUUGGGAAAUUGCCAGAUGGCUUUGAAAGUGCAAGAUGUACACAUUAAGAAAACUUUUGCAUCCAGAGAGGAGUCUCUGAAGGAAAUGGACAGUCUAAGGGAAAUACUGGAACAGCAUCCUCUUCAUUUUUCUUUCCGUGAUGGGAAAGUACUGAAGCUCUGUCCUGUGAGGAGUGAACAGACCUGGGCACUGAAUAUCAAGCGAGGCAUUCUCAGUGUCCUGCAGACAUCACAAGAAUUCCCUGCUGGUGCAGUUGUUGAGGAGGUGGAUGUCUUGGGAAUAUGCCCAACCAAGUAUCAGCGAAAGGGUCCCAUUCUUGUAAAGACAAGGGACUUAAACCUCUGCUCCCAUCGCUUUUCUGGUUUGACUUCUGUGCAGUCUGUUGUUCUUCCUCAUGUGUCAUCUGAGCAGCAGAUCCUGUCCUCCCAGCUGGAAUGUUUCCAGAGCAUUAGGGACGGGGUCCUGGAGGAGGCCAAAUGCACCGAGUCCGACCGCGCGACGCUGUUCCCUCAGCAGGGCAGUGGGGCAGAGACACAGACACAGUCUGCACUCAAACUCCUGCAAGUGGAGACAGAGACUCUCUACAGCAAAAGGGACUCUGAGGAUCUGUAUGUGACCAACAUUCUCUAUGAAAGGGAGGUAACUAAGAGGGAGGUCACUGGAGCAGAAGUGACUGAACUGGUGUGGAAGCUUUGCUUAGCGCACAGUGCAAGUUAUGAGACUGCAGACCUUUUCAUGACUCUCGUAUUUGAGCUUCAACAUCUUUCUCUUGAGGCCUUAAGAGCACUAUGGCAAAGAUCAUCAUUUAAGUGCAGAGACAAUUGGCAACCAUUAAUAGAUGCUCUCCCAUCCUGUGUCACAGAGGCAUGUGUUGUGCUAAUGAAAGACCUCAUAGCUUCUGGAGAAGUUGAGGAAGACAACAUAGAAUCUUUCUUCUGGUCAUUUACAUUCAUUCCUAAUCCCACCUCGGGCAUGAUUGAAUCUCUUGCUCCUUUGCUGAAGUCACCUAGAGCAAGCCAGAGCUGCUUCUUGGGAGUAACUACUCUUGUACAUAGGUUUUGUUCAGCUCAUAGCUCCUGUGAUGUUGUACCUGCUGUGCAGAGUGUGAUGAGGACUCUUGGGGAAUUUUUGGGAGGAAACUGUACUGUGCAAGAUUCAGAACAUCUCAGCAAGAUGCGGCUGGUGCUGAAAGCCAUCGGAAAUGCGGGCCUGGCGGCGGCUCCACUGGCUCCUGCUCUGAGUGCGUGCGCUGCCCUGCAGAGCCAUCCCAUGGAAAUCCGCCUGGCUGCUGUGCAGGCCUUCCGGCGCCUUCCCUGCGCUGCCAGGAAUGCUAUAUUACUUCAGUUGUAUCAAGCAACCAACGAAGAUGUGGAAAUAAGAAUUUCUGCUUAUUAUAUAGCAAUGAAAUGUCCACAUGAAGAGUUAUUUAAACAAGUGCAAAAGACUUUGCUGAAAGAAACAUCCAGUCAAGUGGGCUCCUUUGUUUGGAGUCAUCUGUCUCAGCUCCUGGAGACAGAUGAUCCAUUGAAGGCGCACCUUCGAGAUUCCAUUCCUGAUGAAAUUCUUAGCAAAGAUUUUGACUGGGAGAUAUGGAAGUACUCCUCAUACUCUGAUGUCACCUUUCACUCAGGUGGUGCAGGUGCAAAUAUGGAAGCAUCAGUGGUCUUUUCUCCUACAUCUUUUCUACCACGAUCAGCCAUGACAAAUUUGACUGUUCACUUUAUGGGACAAGCUAUAAAUCUACUGGAGGUUGGUGUACGAUUGGAGAAUGCUGAAACUCUCAUGGAGAAGGUUUUCUGGCCGAAAUCUUCUACUUUCAGAGACUAUUUUUUUGGAAAUACUAAUGAAGGAAACCACAAAUCAGGAACCCCAGUGGAAACAGCAGAGAAAGUCAAGAAAAGGAACCCAGCUUUGAAGCGAGAUGGCCCCACUGAUCAUCUUGUGAGCAAGUCUGGCAAGCCAAAGCUGAGAAAAACAAACCAAAAUUGUCUGGGAAGAAAAUAUAGUAAGAUGAAUGAGUUAGUCAAAAAGUUCACUGAGCGAACAGUAAGAAAGGAGGUGCUGAAAUGUGAGCUAAGCAUGAAAAUCUUUGGAAACGAACUUAGCUUCUUAGAUUGUGAAGAUUUUAGAAAACAAAUGAAACAUUAUUCCUUAAAUCUGGCUGAGUUGGCUGUCAAACUUCUGAAGGGGCAGGAGAUCCAGUUUAAUAAAAGGAUGAUCUUGGCCACUGAAGAACUGCAUUUUCCAGCAAUUUCAGGCUUUCCUGUUCAACUGGCAGUCAGUGCCUCAGCAGCAAUCGACAUAAAAAUCAAAGGGAAUGCGAAUUUCAAAGAACAGUACAAUGUCUUUCUAAAUGGAUAUAUCAAGCCAAGUGCAUUUGUCCAGCUUUCUGUCCAAAUGGGAAUUGUGGGGAGUCUGGGACAAGCUGGCCUAAAGUGGUUAACAGGAAUGAGGACAUCCACUAGUCUUGAUGGGGGAAUCCAGGUGAAGAAAGGGAAAGAGCUCAAGGUUUUCUUGAACACUCCAGAAGAAUCUAUGGAGAUAAUAAAUUUCAGCUCUAAACUCUACUUCAGAAUGGUGGAUGAGACAGAAGAUAUAGAUAUCUUCCAAGACCACACAGAAACCAGAUCUUGCACUAGGGCAGAAGUGUCUGAGAUAAUUGGAUGGCAGCUGUGUUCUGAAAUGUCCUAUCCUGACCCAGCCAGUGGUUUGGUUUUCCCCCUCACUGGACCUUUGAGAGUGGCUGUGACAUUAACUAAGCAAGACAGAGGCCUGCAGCAGUACGUGCUGGAAGCUGCCUAUAACUACAUAGCUCAGGAGAAUUCAUGGAUCCCAAGUGAAGCUGUCUUUCAUUUCUUCGUUGGGACUCCAAAGUCAGACUUUAAAAGAGAUGUUGGUGUUGACCUGAGUUUUAGUGUCCCGCAGAAGGAAUUCAGAAUCCUAUUUAUACAACCUAAGAAAAAAAUUGAGAUUGAUGGGAGGAUUGAGUUUUCUAAAAAUUCCCAAGUUGGACACCUGGAGCUGAUAGUGGAUGACCGAGAUGUGUAUUACAUUAAGGGAAUGGCAGAUUUGCAGAUGCUGAGUGGAGAGCAGAGAUACAUGACCCAGCUGGAGGUAAAGCUGAUAAAGCAAGGCAGUCCUAUCAUUCUGUCAGGAAACAUUACUAAACAGCUUGGCAAGAAGAUAACUUUUUCAGUCUCUCUGAAUAAUUUGUUGAAGGAUGCUGCAUUUCUUUCAGCACUUCUGGAGAAAAAGAUUAAUGAUAAGAUGAGACAAUAUUCGUUGGAAGGGGAGACUCACCUUCCAGGUGUUCUUGGAGUUCACGCCGUCGCUCUUCUCCAGCAGCAUGAAGGAUUGUGGUCUCAUGAUCUGCAGAUAAAAUAUGGACUCCUAGGAGAGGCAAAAACACCUUGCCACGAGUGCAGUACGCAGCAGAAGGUUCAAGUGGAGAUGGGAGCACAGGGCUUGUACAGACUAGAGCUGGGCCAUGAGUUUCACUGUGUGCAGGCCCCCACCUACAGCCACCAGGUUCAUCUGAAACAUGAAGUGAGUGCAUCUUGGAUUUCCUCCCAGAUGGAAGUGAACUAUGGGAAACACUGGGAUGAAAUAAACAACAAGAAGAAACUGCUGGUCAGCCAAGCCCUUAAGAAUAGUUCCAGUUCAUCUGUAGUCAACUAUUUCAUGGAGUUUACCGUGCAAGUCCUGGAAAAACAGGUGAAAUAUAGAACCCAGCUGCAGCACUUGCACUCCUCUCAGGUGUAUUUGCAGAGCAGCACCAUCUUUGAGGUGCAGUACAAUGACCAUGUACCAUUUGUGGCUGGGCUGCAGUGGAAGGAUGCAUCCAGAAAUGGCCUGAAAAAGUGGGAAGGUGGCUUCAAUAUAGACACCCCAUGGCUCUAUCUGUACACAGCCCACAAACUGCACCAGCCUCAGCAUUCUGCUUAUUUACUGACAUCCAAGCUGACAGCUGGAAAAGCACUCUCCAUUAAAGACCUUGUACUGGAACUAUUCUAUAAGGAUCAAGGCAAUGAGAAGGAAGGAAGAGUUCACAUUUACACACCAGCUACCACAUACCUGCAGGCAUCCACACUUAAUCGUCUUGGGAGAAAUGUUCUGCAUAGCUAUAGUGAAAUGAUCUCUCUGUGGAAUCAGCUUGUGAAGAAUGAGAUUCAUUUGGAGAAUAAUGAGCGAGCCAAACUUCUCUGCUUUAAGAUAAAGAGUACAAAACAGGAAUUUAACUUCACAGCCAGCUAUCAGAAUCUGCCAACGCCUAAGAAGACAAACUUUUCUGUGAAGAUUGUAUGGAGAGAUUAUAAAAGUCUGCCUGUCAUACUGCAGUGUGAAGGUCAGAUAAAAGAGUUGAGGAAGGAGAAGAUGCUCUAUCAAAAACGUGCAACCCUCCAUUUCAGGCAUCCUUUUAAAGUGCCCUUUUUGCAGAGCUUCCUUCUGCAGGAGACAUUUACUGUUGACAAAAAGCAAAAGCACUAUUUCAUGGAAACAAAAGUUUUGAUAAAUGGGGUGGAGGAAACAGUUCAGACCCUUAUACUUGGUUACCAACCUGAAAACCCCUAUAUUUGUGCAGGCUUAACUCAUCCUUAUAACUACUGGAUGUUUCCCAAAGAUGUUGAAAUGUGUGUUUUAACUCUAAAUCAUCAAAAUGUGAAGCAUGAGCUUGAGACGGUCUUAAAGUUAAAUAAGGAAGAUGUUUUCAGUUUUCUAGGGAGGUAUCAGGACAAAUCCAGUGAGGCAGAUUUUAGACAUCUUUUACACAUGGAUGUGACACACUUAUUCCAGCUUGAGUUUCCACAAGCAAUGGGCCUAAGUGGGGAGCUGUUUUCCAGGCAGACUAAACUGGAACACUUUGACUGUGGUGUGAGUGUAAAAGUCAUCAUCAACAAGAACAUGUCUUCACAGGCCCAGGCAUCUGUGAAGAGUUAUGGCGAAAACAGUAUCAAUGGCUCUCUUCACCUUCAUUCCAAUGGAAAGGAAAUGCUGAUGCUGGAGGUCGAUAUGAACAAUGAAAACAGGAGGAAUGCCAGAACUGUUGAAUUGAGGGCUUUUCUCCAUCAGACACUCCUGACAAAUCCAGAAUCAGUACAGUUCCAGCUCAUGGGCAAAGUAUUUCCAUCAAGACUUCUGUUAUCUUCUGACUUGAAGCUUAAUGAAAAUAGGCUUCACAUGGAUUUCAUGGGAGUCAGGGAGAAGAAAGUUGGUUUGGUUUUGUCCCUAAAUGGAAGAGUCCAACACACUUUUACUGGAUUAAAGGCCAUACCUCGUCUCGUUUCUCUAGAUGGAUUACUGAAGUGCAAAAACAACAUUCACCAUGGUAACAUCAAUGUGAUGGUCAACAAAAGACUGUAUGGACUGCAUGUCAGAAACAGGAAUGUGUUUGGGAAAAGCAUUGUGCACAAUAUCACCAUUGCCAUUGUUCAGAAUGGCAGUCAGGCAAUCCCAGGGGAGGCAAGACUGAACGGACACCUGGAACUGAGUAAAGAGGAGAAAAGGGGGCUAGCCAGCUUCCAGGUGGAUGAGAAAGCUCUUUCUGUAGAUUUUUUAAAUAUCAUGGAUCAUGAGCAUGGCAGAGUCAGUGGGACUUUCACACAUAAUGUCGACUUUUUAAAAAAUGCAGGGUUACCUUUGGAUGGCAUUCUUACUGCCACAUGUGAGCAUGGCACAGGAAAUCACACCAUUGCCAUUGUUCUGCAGAGUGGCAGUGAAAGGAUUGCUGCUGUGUUUGAGGAGCACAGACUAGCCACAGAGACUCCAACAUCCCAGCUAUCUGUGAUCUUAAAGCACAACAUCUCAAAGAUAAAAAAACUUGGGAUCCCUUUUGUUUUAGAAGCUGCUGGCUAUUAUGAGAAUUUCUCCAGAAAGAUUGCUGUGGGGAUAACAACCACAGUGGAGACACAGCAGCUCAAGAUUGAAAUAGAAAAGAAAGCCACUGACACUGCUAUGGAAAUUUCUCUUUUACUUCACCAUGAUGUGGGAGAACUGAUGGACAUUUUUCCACGUGUACUAGAGGUUGCUUGCAGUGCAGAAUCUGCUCACAAACAACUUUCUGGCCUUUGCAGUGGUGCAAUUGCAUUUCAUCAUUUUGAGACUCCAGCAAGACUUUCACUGAAUGGCUCAAUAUUUACCAGCAACUUUACUGUCAUCCUCUUUGGACAUGUUUCUUUUCAUGAUGUAUUUGCCUGCCUGCAACUCUAUGCCACCACUAGCACCCAUCCUCAUUUAGAAAUCGACUUCCAGCAUUCUUUGCCUUCACUUCAUUCUCUGGGAAUUGCCAGAGAGAACCAGCUGAAGGUGUUAGCCAUGAGAAGUGACAAGUACAAGGGCAUCCUUGGUAUUGUCCUUGGGCCUUGCACUUUGGAAGCUGAUGGGGAAGUGAGCCUGGCAAGCAAUGAGACAGGAUGGGUACUUGCUUUCAGAAACAAGUGCGUCAGUCUAGAGAGGAUGGGAUUGCCUCAUGCUGCAGUCUUGGGGGGCUCAUUUCGACAGAACAUCUGCAACGUGGGCUUGUUAGUGAACCUGCAGUGUGAUGGCAGAGCAGUGCAUGUGCAGAUAGACACCUCCUGCCAGCAUGAAUAUACACUCCAAGGGAUGCUCAGGCAUUCACUUCCCUGGCUCAGCCAGCUUGGGCUGCCUUUUGAAAACUCUGUCCUAUUCUCUGCAGCCACAGACUCCACCACAGAGGGCAUUUUCCUGCUGCAGGCUGGCAGAUGCAGACUGAGGGCUAGAGGGGAUUUCUGUGUUCAGAAUAAAGCUGACUGGACCCUGGAAACAGAAACAGAAUGUCAACUUCUACAGGAUCUCAGUUUCCCAACUCAGUCACGUCUCACAGGAUCCAUUCAGAAAGACAAGUGCCAGGCAGAGCUGCUCUCUGUCCUGGAAACAGAAGGCAAAACUGCCCAUCUUGAAGUGAGAGCAGAGUGCAAGCCAAAGAUGGCUCUGGAAAUUCAGUUCAGGCAUGACCUCCCCCAGCUGAAGGAAAUCCCAAGGGAAAAUGAGCUGUCCAUCACUGUAUGGAAACACUUAAAGUAUCUCAUUGGAGUUGGAAUGAAAUUGGGUGCCUGUGAGCUUCAAAUCAAUGGGGACUUUGACCCUGAAAAGAACCUUCAGUGGAAAAUGCUUAUAGAAAACAAAUGCCAAACGAUUCAGGAUCUUGGAGCACCAAUGAAAAUUGAUGGCUCAGGCUACCUCUGGAAGGAUAAAAUGAACCUAGAUUCACAGACACUGAUCAUUGUUGAUGAAAGUAAAUUCCGAGGCCUCCUUAUACUAAAAGUCACUGAUGAAAAGCAAGAGUUGGAUGCGGUGCUAACCCAUAACAUCCAAGGAGCUGCUGACAUUGGCAUUCCCAUGAGGAUGCUACUUGAUGUCAUAUCAGAAAAAAAAAGUGACUUCUAUAAAGGAUUUAUUCAUUUCUGUGUGAACAGCAAGCAAAUUACAGAAGAACUGAACUUUGUCCAGAAGUUCGAUGUUGUUUCUCUUAACUACAAACUGACUCAUAACAUAGAGACAUUGAAGACUCUGCAAAUAAAAGACAGGAUUGAAUUGCAGGCUAUCUUGAACCUCAAAGUCAUCAGAAGCUUUAGUUUGAAAGUGCUUUAUGGUGCACACCUAACAGCUAUUGAAGGACAAAUCCAGGAGUCUGAAACAACUACCAACUUAACAGGGAAUUUCCAUCACUCUUUGCCAUGGCUGCUACAAGCCAGAGUCCCAUCAUCUUUACAGAUAGAUCUGGUUUUUCAAGGGAGAAACACUACUCAAGAGAGAUACGUGCACAUUGCAGCUGGAGAAGAAUCAAUCAUGUACAUAAUAAACUCUUAUUAUGUUGGUCACCAAGUGGAUCUCUUCUGCCAGAGUGUGCACAGCAGUGAGGUACUCCAGGCAUCUGGCUACCCUAAAGUAAUUAACUUGAUUUUCAGCUUACAGAAAUCAGAAAACAAAGCCAAGACGGUCUGUGAAAUCCAAUAUGAUGAGAAAGACAUAACUGUGACUGUGGAUGUUGACACAGACUCUGAACACUUUGGUAUAUUUGUGUUCAUGGCAGAGGUGAAGCAUUCAAUAUCACUUCUCCAUCACCUGGGACUUCCCUUCUUUCUUAAGAUGACAGUUCAAGAAGUCAUGACUGAAAAUGAAACUGAAGGUGCUCUGAGGCUGACCUAUGAACAAAACAAAAACUUCUCCUUUUCCAUCUGUAGAAAAAAAGACCAACAAGGUGAAGAGUUGAAUAUAAAAGCACUCCAGACUCAUCCCUUCCUUCUACAGUACUUCCCCUGUGCAGCAGAACUGUCUUCUAAGGUUAAUUAUGAUAUGAGCGAAGCAAAAGGCAAACUCUACCUCAGGAUGGAAAAAAGGGAUUUCAAUGUUUCAGCAAAGCUAACUUUGACUGGAAGCAGCUACACUAACGCCAUUGAAGUGACACAGACCAUGGCCCAGUUUAAAAUUCUUCCAAGGCAACUUGUGUUCAUGACAAUUUACCAAAAAGGCAACAGAACUCGUCUGCUGAGGCACAUUGCCCUGUGGGAUGGCAAAGAGAUAAAGCUAACAGGCACUUACACUGGACUCUUCCCAAAGCUGCAUGGAGGUCAUGGCAUUCAGGUUGAACUUCUCCAUCCUCUCUCCAUCCCUUUUCCACGGCAUGCCUGGGUCAACUUAUAUGUGAAACAUUCAGCACGCAGUCACCAGGAUGAUCUUACUGUCAUUUGGAAUGAGACAGACAAGAUAUCAGUGUCAUCCUCUCUGAAGUUUGGAAGACACCGGACAAGCUACAGAGCUGCUGUUACCCACCCAUUUAAUUACACUCUGAAGCAACUGGAGGUGAAUUCCCUGUCAGAAAGAAGGGGCAGAAAGUACAACCAGCAGCUGCAGGUCUCAGGGAAUGCUGGGCAGCCUGCUCACCUCCAGCUGGGCCUGGAGGACAAAUCCAAGGUGGACAUUACUGCCUGGGGUGGCUGUGUGACACUCUCUACAGGCCAGCUUCAGAGAAUAUUAAGCAUGAGACACCUGCAUGCAUGUGGAUCUCUAGAGCAAAGACCAGCACUGUUUAAUGAAUACCUAGAUCUGAACUGGGAUAACAAAACAUUCAAACACAAUUUCACAUAUGAGAGAAAUCAACUCUUGUAUCCUGAUAAGUUUCAGUUAGAAGCUGUUCUGGAAAAUAUUUUUCUGAGCCCAUGUACCAAACAGAAGAUUCUGGGUAAAAUGGAAACAAACUACUGCUCUUACCUGGAUUACUAUACAAGCUUUGAGUUCUGUGACCUUCCAAAUGUAAUUGUAUUAUCUGGAAAGCACCAGCUCAACAAAGAUGACAUCAUUUUGCAGUCAGAGGGCAGAUUCCACCUUGCUGAUCAUGGGAGAGAUAAGGGGUUGAUUGGAAUAUCCAUAAAGAAUCAGAGCACUGCUGAUAUAAAGAACUACUCUCUGGAAAUUGAAGUGAGUUUCUAUUUUACUUUACUGACACUGGGGUUUCGUUUUCUGCUGCCAUCUCUCUCUCAAAUUGAUCAGGUGCAGGCAGUGACUAUAAAACGGCAGGCAACUCAAAACACUCCUGGUUUCUUUAGGGCUGUCUCUAAAGGAGCAGUUAGGCAGCAUCCAUGCGGUGUGACUGACAGACAAAGGCAGGCACCAAUAUUAGUUCUCUGUGGAGCUGUCACAAAUAAAGCAGGCAUGUUCCCGUUAAGAGCCUUUGAAGAUAUUUGGCUAGGCCUGACAGGAACUGCUGCUUCCUCAUCUGUCCAGAGCCAAAUCCUGGUGGAGGGGAUUAUUGAUCAGAAAGAGAAAGUAAAAGUAGCUGCUUCGAAAGGAAAGGAGUGUUUUCAGUACUACAUGGGGUAUCUGCAAGGGGAUUCGGAAGAAGGAAUGGAAGUCAGUGCUUGUUCUGAUCGGCAACAGAUGGCUGCCGUUAACACCUAUCUCAGUAUCAAUGGUAAAAGGCAGGAAAACGUGGGACAAGUGACUGUAGCAGCUGCUAAUGGAAGCUUGAGUUUUCUGGCCCAUGGAUGUGGGGAUCCAAUUCUUAAGGCUGAGAACAAGUUUAAUGAAAUUGGGAGCCUUUUGAAAUCCACGCUGAUAGAGAAGAUAAAGAAGUUUGAUGGAUGCCUGUCAAGAUUCAGGAGAUCAGUGCAGCAUGUUGGUUUCCUGUCUGAAGCAGCUGGCUGGCCUUCAAUGGUCUUGCAAAGGGCAGCAGGAUUCCUGCACAGUGGGGGUACAGCUGUCACCCAGGUGUGGAAGCAAAGUGGAAUCGGGCACAUUCUGAGAAGCAGGAUCCCACUUUACCUGGAGAAAAUUCAAGAUAUUGUCCAGCAAAUGCAGAAUGAAUUACAAAAGCCAUUAGCAACUUUGAAGGAUGCUUACUAUGAUGCAACCUUGAAGCCAUUGGAUGAAGUCUGGAGAGAGAAGACAGAAGAGCACAUGAAGAAAAUCCAGGCUUUCUUACCCAAGAUUGUAAAAGAUGUGUGGCUAAUGGAACCAAUCCAGGUGGCGUUAAAGGUUAUGAAAGCAGGCUUGGAUAUGGCUACGCAGCAGGUGCUCAGCUGGGCAGAGGCCGCGUUUUCCAGAGCUGUGAGCAAGAUCCGGAAGCCCUUGCUGAACCUCUACAGUUUUUCACCCAGCAACUGUUCGGUGGCAGGAAAGCUGCCAGUACUGCCUAAAGGAGACCUGUCCCUGCAGCUGGCAAAUGUUACCACUUACCUCAUUGGAGAAAAACUAAUGAGGCCUCUGCAAGACCUCUACAAUCUCAACAUACUUGCAGAGUACUAUAGAUUCAAACGGAGGAUGAUGGAGAGCCCCUUUGAAUAUCAUGCUAUGUUAGUGGGGACCAAGCAUCUUGUGACUUUUGAUGGAAAAAUGUAUGAUUUGGCAUCAAAGUGCAGUGUACUUCUUGCCAAGGAUUUUAUUCACAGUGCUUUCACUAUAAUACUAAAUGAGGAAACCAGGAACUCAAGAUCACUGUAUGUGGAGAUGAACCAGACUGUGAUCACUAUCUACCCACGACUAAAGAUAUCCAAGAAGUAUAACUUCUCCUUCACUGAAGAGAACUGCCAAGUUCUGGAUCAAUCCCUUGAAAACAGUACCAUGAAUUCAAGGCAAGGAACCAACAAAAUAGAAGUAUCUGAUCAGAAAGGAGUUUCUGUCUCCUGUGAUUUUCAGUAUGAUCUCUGUACUGUCACUCUGGCUGGGUGGCACCAUGGUAUUUCAGCUGGGCUUUUUGGCACCAAUGAUAAUGAAGCUGGAAAUGAAUGGAUGGUGCCUAAUGGUUCCUUCACUGACAAUGUGAAAGAGUUCACACAGAGCUGGCAGGUGAAUAAGUGCAGUCUUGUACUGAAGAAAGAAAAGCCAUGUCCAGUUACAGCUAAGCAACACAUCUGUAAAAUGUUCUUUGAAGAACCACAUUCACUUCUUAGGAACUGCUUCAGAGUUGUGGAGCCCAAGCCAUUCUACACCAUGUGUACACAGGACACCUGUGACUCUCCGGCCUUGGGGGCUGCCUGCAGCUUAGCAGCAGCUUUUGUUCAUUUGUGCAACCGGAAUUUUGUCCCUGUGGAAAUCCCUCCACAGUGCUUGAACCAGUUCUGAAUGGCAGAUACCAGCCCUGAAGAUUGAAGAACCAUUUUAGCACCCAAAACAGAACAGUUAUUUUAGGUAGACAAACUAGAGGCAGGAACAGGCAGACAACAGUAGAAGAGUGAAUGCAUUACUGUUAACUGUGAACAUAAUGAAGUGUAUAUAUAGUAUAUAAGGAAAGCUUUCCACCAAGAACUCCCGAGGACAAGAGAAAUUAUGUCAAUAUAUUGACAAGAAACUAUAGUCCACCAAAAGAAAUUGGACAUGAAACUAUCAGUUACUCUAAAAAAAAUUUCUCCCAUUCAAUGGCAAAAUUGCCUCUCCACGAGCCUUGAACCAUGGCACAAAUACACUGAAAAGCUGAGAGAAGCUCUCUUCCAGCUCAGAGUAGUACAACUGGACUACUUUGUGAAAGCAGCCAUCAUCAGGUUGGGUCAGCAGAAAUGCUGACUUCUUUUUUCUCCAGAAAUGAAACUCCACUGCUCAGCAGUUCUGGAGAAAGUUAUCUAUCUUUUUCCAGGGAAGUGCUCCAACACACAAGAAGGCUAAGAUAGAAAUAAGAUGGGUAAAUAAUGGAAAGCAGUUAAUAAUUUCCUCAUUUUUAUGCUAGUUAACUUUUCCCUUAUUAAUAUACACACUGUUAAAUAAGAAAUAGCCUUUUUGGUUUCUGUGCACCAGUUUCACAUUUUCCUUUUGUGUCUUUACAAUCCCCUUGUCAGCAGUCAGCUGAUGUGCUGGGAAAAGGUAACCAAUAUCUACCCUACCCACGAAAUAACAUUAGAGUGUUAUAGCUACUGUUGUGUGUCUCACCUGUUAAAUCCCUUUCUGCAUUGUAGGUCACUUGAUUUAAAAAUUACAUUACCUUUCUCCACACAGUGCCUGGAAUGCAGCUAUUCCUUGGUAAAAGGUAGCACUGCAAAAUCCAUCCAAUGUCUUUGCAUAAUAUGCAAACAUUGACAUAAUGGUGUUCUGUACUAUGACAUCAUGCUAAUAAACAUUUGACUGUCUUAUUUUUA